CUAGGAAGGGAUGCAAUGUAACCAAGAAGCCCUUCGUGAGGGAUGUGCAACUGCCUUCCUAAGUCAGGAUAGAUAUUUUUACCUUUUCCCUGCUCACCCCUGAGUGCUGCAGUAUUCAUGUUGAGAAGAUACAUGCGGGGAGAAACCACAUACUGAAGGGUGUCUGUGAAAGGAGAAAGAUACAUCCCCAAACAAUUUAUUUUGGCUGCUCGUUUUGUUGUUAGGUUUUUGGGGGUUUUGUUUUUUUUCCCUUUCUCCUCCUUUGAUGGAAAUUGCAGUGGCUUUUUAACGUUGCAGUUCAUAAGGCACCUGGGGAUUAGCGGAUCGCUUCUGAGCAGGCAGUCCGGGUGUUUCACGCAGGGAGCUGGCAUGGCUGCAGUGCUCUUUGGCUUUGAGGAUCUGCUCUACAGCUGGGACAGCCUGGUCUGGAACCUGACAUCCCGGGCCCUGAGGACCUGCCGCUUUGGAAAUCUGAGGGUCCUGCAGCUCAUGCUGAAGCCAUGGUGCAUUUCCAGAGCCGUUUAUCAGAUGACGGAGGGCCGCAGAUGCCAAGUGCACCUCCUUGAUGACAGGAAGCUGGAGCUUCUCGUUCAGCCAAAGCUUUUGGCAAAGGAGUUGCUUGACCUGGUGGCAUCUCAUUUCAACCUGAAGGAAAAAGAGUACUUUGGAAUUGCAUUCACAGAUGAAACGGGACACUUGAACUGGCUUCAGUUGGACCGCAGAGUGCUGGAACAUGACUUCCCCAAAAAGUCAGGACCGGUUGUUUUGUACUUUUGUGUCAGGUUCUACAUUGAGAGCAUCUCCUAUCUGAAGGAUAAUGCCACCAUUGAGCUGUUUUUCUUGAAUGCCAAAUCCUGCAUCUAUAAGGAACUCAUUGAGGUGGAUAGUGAAGUGGUGUUUGAACUGGCUGCCUACAUCUUGCAGGAGGCAAAAGGAGAUUUUUCGAGCAAUGAAAUUGUAAGGAAUGAAUUAAAGAAGCUGCCAGCCCUUCCAACACCAGCGCUGAAGGAGCACCCUUCGCUUGCUUACUGUGAGGACCGAGUUAUUGAACAUUACAAGAAGCUAAAUGGUCAGACAAGAGGUCAAGCAAUUGUGAAUUAUAUGAGCAUUGUAGAAUCCCUCCCAACAUACGGAGUGCAUUAUUACGCAGUAAAGGACAAGCAGGGAAUUCCUUGGUGGUUAGGACUUAGCUACAAGGGGAUUUUUCAAUAUGACUACCACGAUAAAGUGAAACCAAGAAAGAUUUUCCAAUGGAGGCAGCUGGAGAACCUCUAUUUCCGCGAGAAGAAGUUCUCAGUGGAGGUGCACGACCCGCGCAGGGCAUCUGUGACCAGGAGAACUUUUGGGCAUAGUGGUAUUGCUGUGCAUACCUGGUACGCCUGUCCAGCACUGAUAAAGUCUAUCUGGGCUAUGGCCAUUAGUCAACAUCAGUUCUAUCUGGACAGAAAGCAAAGUAAGUCCAAGAUUCAUGCUGCAAGAAGCCUGAGUGAAAUUGCUAUUGACCUGACCGAAACUGGAACGCUCAAGACCUCAAAGCUGGCCAACAUGGGGAGUAAAGGCAAAAUUAUCAGUGGCAGCAGCGGGAGUCUCCUGUCAUCAGGUUCCCAAGAGUCAGAUAGUUCUCAGUCUGCCAAGAAAGACAUGCUGGCUGCAUUGAAAUCCAGACAAGAAGCUUUGGAAGAGACAUUGCGCCAACGCUUGGAAGAGCUGAAGAAACUCUGUCUUCGAGAAGCGGAGCUCACAGGAAAGCUGCCGCGAGAAUAUCCUCUAGAUCCUGGGGAGGAGCCGCCUAUCGUAAGGAGAAGAAUAGGAACUGCCUUUAAACUGGAUGAGCAGAAAAUCCUGCCUAAGGGAGAGGAGGCAGAGCUGGAGCGCCUGGAGAGAGAGUUUGCCAUUCAGUCUCAGAUCACAGAGGCUGCCCGACGCCUGGCGAGCGACCCGAAUGUCAGCAAAAAGCUGAAGAAACAGAGGAAGACAUCCUACCUAAACGCCCUGAAGAAACUGCAGGAGAUCGAAAACGCCAUCAAUGAGUAUCGCAUCAAAUCUGGAAAGAAGCCAACUCAGAGAGCAUCCCUGAUCAUAGAUGAAGGAAACAUUGCCAGUGAAGACAGCUCCCUCUCGGAUGCCCUUGUUCUUGAGGAUGAGGAUUCUCAGGUCACCAGCACAAUAUCCCCUCUCCAGUCCCCACACAAAGGACUCCCUCCUCGGCCACCCUUGCACAACAGGCCUCCUCCUCCACAGUCGCUAGAAGGCCUCCGGCAAAUGCAUUACCACCGCAACGACUACGACAAGUCGCCUAUCAAACCCAAGAUGUGGAGUGAGUCAUCCCUGGAUGAACCCUAUGAGAAGGUCAAGAAACGCUCCUCACACAGUCAUUCCAGCAGUCACAAGCGGUUCCCCAGCACCGGGAGCUGUGCUGAGGCGGGAGGGAGCAGCUCCCUGCAGAACAGCCCCAUCCGAAGCCUUCCCCACUGGAACUCCCAGUCCAGCAUGCCGUCGACACCAGAUCUACGGGUACGCAGUCCGCACUACGUCCACUCCACACGGUCAGUAGACAUCAGCCCGACCAGACUGCACAGCUUAGCUCAGCACUUUAGACACCGGAGCUCCAGUUUGGAGUCACAAGGCAAGCUCCUCGGGUCAGAAAAUGAGACAGGGAGCCCCGAUUUCUACACCCCAAGGACUCGUAGCAGUAACGGCUCUGACCCCAUGGACGACUGCUCUUCCUGCACCAGCCAUUCCAGCUCUGAGCACUACUACCCUGCUCAGAUGAACCCCAACUACUCCACCCUGGCUGAGGACUCCCCCUCGAAAGCCAGAGAGCGGCAGAGGCAAAGGCACAAAUCAGCGGGCAACCUGGUCUCUUCAAAUUCAGGGAGCAUGCCCAAUCUGGCUGCGAGGAACGGGACGGGGCACCACCGAGUCUAUCUGCACAGCCAGAGCCAGCCUUCCUCCCAGUACAGGAUCAAAGAGUAUCCCCUAUACAUCGAGGGUAGCUCCACACCCGUGGUGGUGCGGAGCCUAGAGAACGACCAGGAGGGACACUACAGCGUGAAAGCACAAUUUAAAACCUCCAACUCCUACACAGCAGGGGGGAUGUUUAAGGAGAAUUGGCACGGGGAUGAAGUGGACUCUGUCAGGCUGACCCCCUCCCGCUCCCAAAUCAUAAGGACUCCAUCUCUGGGCAGGGAGGGCCACGAGAAAGGUUCGGGUAGGACUGCCGUGUCGGACGAACUCCGGCUGUGGUACCAGCGGUCCACGGCCUCCCACAAAGAACACAGCCGCCUCUCGCACACGAGCUCCACUUCCUCGGACAGCAGCUCCCAGUACAGCACAUCUUCGCAAAGCACCUUUGUGGCGCACAGCAGGGUCACGAGAAUGCCUCAGAUGUGUAAAGCAACGUCAGCUGCCUUACCUCACAGCCAGAGGAGCUCAACACCAUCGAGUGAACUAGCAGCCACGCCACCAGGCAGUCCCCAUCACAUUCUUGCAUGGCAGACUGGGAACUACAAUGAUAGCUGUUUCCUGGAUUCUCCCCUUUAUCCAGAAUUAGCAGACGUCCAGUGGUAUGGACAGGAAAAAGCCAAGCCUGGGACUCUAGUGUGAACCCCUGACCUCAGUCGAAUCACAUCAAUGCCAUUCUGAGAUCACCUCACUGCCUCUCAUUUGCCUUACCCAGACGCACUGUCACCCAGCACCAGCUUCAACUUGAGCACUUUUCUCAUGCUGCAAUUCAAGACAACAUUGCGGACCGCUGGCCCCGAGGCUUUCACCACCACAGCGAUGGAGAGCAGCACACCCAGUCGCCACGGGCUGCAUCCCGUCCCUCCCAGAGCCCGCAGGGGAGCGGAUGCAGACCACCAACCAUCGUAGUAGUCAGCUGGCAAUUUAAAAAUUUGCUUUUUAAAUAACGGAAGUCUUUCAAGGCUCACAUCAAAUCUCAUUGUUCUGUGGCAUGUAACACUAAUAAGAUUUCCAUGACCUGCGAUUUGAAACCAACAGAGCAUUAAUUUAAGUGGGUGAGGGUGGAGGGGGAGGGGGGGAAAUGGGACAGAUGCUGGGAAAUAGAUAUCGUAGUCCCGAAAGCGCUUCUUUUCUGAACCAGUAAAGCUCCUGUCACUUCAAAGAUGUAUCAAAUUUCACAAUCAAUCAGAUCUGCACUGCCAAAGAUCACCGAACAAACAGGACCGAAUGUGUUCAGCAAGUUAUUGAAACAAGCACAUCGCUCUAAUUCACCGCAGUGACACACGUGACCAUCUCCUUCUUCACUUUGAGCCCAUCGAAAAUAAGUGAAAUAAUAACCCAAUGCACUGAAGACACGCUGGAGGUCUGGGCUGGUAUCGUAGUGUCAGUGUCUACAAGCUACUAUAAACUGGACAGACAAGGUUUACAAAGGCAUUACCUGAAGCAGAGGCAAGUACUGCUGCUCAUAACAUCUCUGGCUGGCACAGAUUACACAUCAAUACACAGGGAGGUGGGUUUUUUUGUUUUUUUUAAAUACUCAGAUGAAGAUAAAAAUUGCCAAAAACCUUUCUACAAAUAAAUACAGCCAAUAAAUUCUAAUCUAUUUCUGCACAAAGUGUUAACAUGAAAUCAAAGGGAAAGCACAUCGCAAUCUAAUUGACACGGCAAAGCUGCGUUAACAUAUCUGUUGAAUUAUCUUAUCUUUGUUAGCACCAGUGUAGCAAAGGGCUCAUCACCAGCAUACUGCUGCGUGGGAGAACCGGUCUGUCGGGAAACAGGAGGGAGCUGCAGCGGGGUUUAAAAACCAGCAGACCAGGCAAAUUUUCACAUUGAAAGAAGCGACCACAAGAAAGGGAAGCAAAUAAAUUAGAUGUUCGACACAAACUAGAGUUGUCUACUGAUACCAAAAGGAAUUACAGCAGAGGGUCAUGGAAGAAGCCGCAAGUUUACACAUACUUUUGAGCAAUGCUUUAUACACGUCAAGCCAUGGAACUUUAAAAGGCCUCAAAGACACUUUUGUACCGAACAAGUGCACAAUCUAGGUGGAUGUUGAAGCUGGCACGUCUAGUCUUCGUUGCGGUGCUAUGCUAUUUUUAUUGCCACUAGAUGGGGGGAGGUCGCCGGCCUUCCCUCAUUUGUGCGUGCAAACGAUUUCCUAUGGGAAAGGCAUUAAAGAAACGGCUGGAGGGGGGUUACGUUGUGAAAAGCAGAAACUGCAGUUAGCUGAAGUUGAAAGGAAAAGCGCGAGCGCGUUCCAAGAACAACAGUAGCGUCUACCAGACAAAGUAGGGCAAAACGUUUUAAAAUGAAACGCCACAAGUUGGGGGCUGCCACACCUUUUUGUAUUAAGAUUGCUGGAAAACUGCGCGCCAGGCUUUUAAAGAGAACGGGUUCUUCGUAAUUAGACCCGGAAAGGUGAUGGGGUUUCUAAAAAUUACCGCGAGCUGCUACUGCCGUCCUCCGACACACGUUAGAAGAUGUUUGCUCCAGCUCUCUGCGUUUCGCCGCUGCGCUGCGGCCUUGCAGAGGUGAGGACAGCCGUGGGCACACGCUCCAGGCGACCCUGCCUGAGCAGGGGGGUUGGACUAGAUGACCUCCAGAGGUCCCUGCCAACCUCAACCGCUCUUCCGUGGUUACCUGCCCGCCCGCGGCAGGAAGGGAGCUCUUUUAACACUCAACGCUUGAAGCGUACGUGAAUCAUCCCGCAGGAAAGAUAGCUUAGUUCUGCACUGGCGAGAGGUUUUUAAAGGCAGCCUGGCGAGCCUGGUGCUUGCGGAGCUCCAAGAAGUCACGGAGAGGGACGAACCACCCACCAGAGAGUGACUGAACCUGCGUCGCCGACCGCUGGAAGCACCGACAGCGGCGAGGUCGCACACUUCAGCCGAAGCACAAAACGCUCUUUUAACCAUCUCUCUGUGCUUUGGGGUCUCUAACGUGGGAAUUAUUGCAAGCUCCUAAUUGGAUUUUUAGUUGGAUAGGAGAUGGUACAAAUUACUGACGUUUGCUGAGAUGAUUCUGAAGCUAAACUGAAAAGAUUAAAUAAGGACCAAAUUAAGCAGCAGCAAGUCAUUUAGCCCACAGAUUUUCAGGGCCUCCGAGCAACUGUCUGUUUUCUUUUUAAUUUUCCUGGUAAAUACUUCUUUUCCCCUGUGUACCUUCUUUUAAUUAAAAAGAAUUCAACAACAGUGGCACAACGAGGCCUCUGGGCACUACAGGAAGAAACAUUAAUUCCUCCAAGACCAGAUCGGCAGUUUUGCAGCAAAAGUUAAGAGGUGGCAGCCCUGAAAUUAAGAGAGGGGGAAAAAAAUAAAUAAAUAAAAGAAAUGGUUAGGCCUGAAUUGCAAACAGGCUUGAGUAGAGGAAAAGCUUUCUAGAAAUGGACUGAGUUUUGCUUUGUGUUCUGCUUUUCUUGGUUUGCAAUCAAGGCACACGUGAGCAGCCAGUCUGGUAGUAAAGACAGAUUAAGUAAAACAGGUUUUACUGUUUAGCUCAAUUCAAUUAAAACACAAGUGUACAUAAAAUGUUAAUCAUAUGAGAUUAACAUAUUUAAGUAUAACAUGGAGGGGUAUAUACAUAGCUAUUAUAUACAAGCACUUGACUACCAACUUUAGCCUCUCCCUUACUUUUUUUUAUUUUUCAAGGCUCCACCUGACAUAAAGCCACAAUUGCAUUCUUAGUCUACAUGUCUGAAGCUCCCUCUGUUUAGCCAGAAGUUUGGUGUAUGGUCUAUACACCAGGCUAUGCUGUGAGGCAGGAUUUAUUUUUAAAUGAUAUUAUAUGCAGUUGAGUGUUGAAAAUGUUGGAACAGUCAAAUUUGUUUCACUCUGUAUUAGUUUUAGUUUCAGGCAUAGCCAAUCCCCAUUCAGGUGCUAUCAGAUGACCAGUUACUGCUUAGUUAACUAGAUGUAAAGUUUUACAUAUAUAUUAAUGUCAAUAGUUUUAUUACAAGUUGUGUAAAAUGGACUCUCUAGUUUAAAAAAAGGGAAAAAACAGAAAAAAAAAUUAGGUCUCUCCUGAAGCUGACUUUAGAGCAUGUAAAAUGAUUUUACUGGAUUCUGUUCAACUGUAAUCAAGGAAGAAAUAUGUAUGUUGUAGAAAAAGUUGCAGAAUUAAAAAAGAUCUGCUUUUAAUUUAUUCUUUUUGUAUUAAGAAUUUGUAUAGUUACCUUUACAUUUUGCAAAACGGUGUUGUCAACACUUCCUUAUUAAAGCAUUUUCAAAAUGAAA